AUGUCUCCGCUCAAAGAGACCGGUUCUCCGGAGCUGACGGAACUGGACCCCCGCGGCGACGUCGUCUUCGUCGUAGGAUCGGCGGCGGGUGAAGACACCCCUGCCCGCAGCUUCCGCGCCUGCUCCCGGACCAUGGCCCGCGUAUCCCCCGUCUUCGACCGCAUGCUGAACGGCAAGUUUACCGAGGCCAAGCCGGCGGCAUCCGGCUCCGGUGAUGCCGCAGCCGAUUGGGUGGUACAGCUCCGCGACGACAAGCCCGAUGCGUUCGCUCUCUUCGCCAGCAUCGCUCACGCACAGUACCGCUGCGUGCCAAGGAGCCUGACUAUCGACAAGUUCUACGAUCUGACGGUGCUGACGCACUAUUAUGACGCCACGCCCAUGUUGACGCCGUGGUUGCAGGGUUGGAUCUCUGGGAUCGGAGAGGUUCCCGACGUCGGCUCUGAGGGGUUGCUCAUGCCCAAAUUGCUGUGGAUCUCAUGGGAGCUGGGGCACAAGCAGCUUUUCGAGAGUACCGCAAGGAGGAUGGUUAUGGAGUGCCAGGGGAGCAUGAUUGGGGAAGAUGCCGGCCUGGAGGAGCUGAGCAUGCCGCCAGACAUUAUCGAACGCAUCAACGCCAUCCGCAGCCAGACAAUACAAUCCAUCAUGGAUGUUUUCCGCGACUUGUACGAGAAGCUCGUCACCGUCGACGAAGGCCCGCGGUGGUGCCUGCAUGCGUCUUACAUGGGUCCGCACCGGUGCGAGAGCAUGAUUUUGGGCAGCAUGACGUUCUGUCUAACCAGGGCUGGGCUUUGGCCGAUCCCUGAAACGUCAGAUGUCGAUGACAGCGUGGUGAUGCUGUACUCGACGUUGAUGAAUUUGGUUAUCCAUGAUAUUGGACGGCCAGGAGAGAAGGGGGGCGUUGACCACUCUGAGUGCAACCCCCGCGCCUUCCUCAUGGGUCAGAUUAAGGAUAUUUUGGCGGAGGUCCCAAGUCCAGUAACUGAUGCGCACAAGAAGCAUCUGGAUAGACAAAUACAGAAGCUUCUGGUUUGA